AUGGAGAACAGCACCACUGUCACUGAGUUCAUUUGGCUGGGGCUGUCCGAUGCCUGCGAGCUGCAGGUGCCCAUCUUCCUGGGCUUCCUCCUGACCUACCUCCUCCUGCUGGGAAACCUCUUCAUCGUCUUCAUCACCCUUGUGGACAGGCGCCUUUACACCCCCAUGUACUACUUCCUCCGCAACUUCGCUGUCCUGGAGAUCUGGUUCACCUCUGCCAUCUUUCCCAAGAUGCUAACCAACGUAGUCACAGGACCUAAGACCAUCUCCCUGCUCUGUUGUUUCCUUCAGACAUUCUUCUAUUUCUACCUGGGCACCACUGAGUUCUUUCUACUGGCAGUGAUGUCCUUCGACAGGUAUGUGGCCAUUUGUAACCCCUUGUGUUAUGCCACCAUUAUGAGCAAAGUCUGUGUCCAGCUUGUAUUUUGCUCCUGGAUAUCAGGAUUACCUGUCAUCGUGCUUCUCAGCUAUAUUUUAUUUUGGCAGCCAUUCUGUGGCCCCAACAUCAUUAACCAUUUCUUCUGUGACAUCUUCCUGCUCUUGGAACUCGUGUGUGCAGACACAAGCCUGGUAGAGUUCCAGAGUUUUGUUAAUGCCAAUGUCACCCUCCUGGGCACGCUGGCUGUGACCGCCACCUGCUGUGGCCACGUUGUUUACACCAUCCUGCACAUCCCCUCAGCCAAGGAGAGGAAGAAAGCCUUCUCGACUUGCUCCUCUCACGUCAUUGUGGUGUCUCUUUUCUACGGCAGCUGCAUCUUCAUGUAUGUCUAGUCUAGCAAGAACGGACAGGGGGAGGAUUAUAACAAGUUUAUGGCAUUGCUCAACACUGUGGUGACACCAACACUCAAUCCCUUCGUCUACACCCUGAGGAACAAGCAGGUGAAGCAGGUAUUUAGGGAGAACAUGAAAAAGCUCCAAAAGGUGAGCCAGGCGUGA